AUGAACACUACUUCGGAUUCCAACCUCAGGCAAGUCCGUGACGGUGGCCAGCCGCUGUUGGUCAUGGCGGCGCUUCUCGCCGUGGUGGUCAUUGUGACUGAUGGUUCUCCUUUCCGCACAGAGCUCUUGACACCGUGGAUGUCGGCUACACUGAUCGACUUCUAUGUCAACGUGGUGGCUCUUUCUGUGUGGGUUGCCUAUAAGGAAACAAGCUGGUUUAGUGCAUCCACGUGGAUAGUUCUAUUGAUAUGUUUUGGCAGUGCGACUACUUGUGCCUACAUCGCAGUACAGCUGUUUGAACUUAGUUCCCAAGAUCCAGCCUACCUAGUCUUGUUGAGACGCAAGACCUCCUCUUCUCUCAGUUCAAUUUGA